AUGUCUACCGUUAUCAAUGUCGGUCUGAUAGGCUAUGGCCUCUCUACCACGGCCUUUCAUAUCCCUACGAUUACGGCCGUUCCAAAUGCGAAGGUCUAUGCUGUAGUCCAGCGUGCUGCUCCACCCCAGGCGGGUUCGAGCUCUAAGAAAGGCGACCAUGUCACCGUUGACUUCCCAGAUGUCAAGCAUUACCGUGAUGCCACCAGCCUUUUCAAGGAUCCGAAUGUUCACCUAGUCAUCAUUUGUACCCCAAGUCCCGGUCAUUACGACCUGGCAAAGGAGGCUCUUCUGAAUGGGAAACAUGUGGUCGUCGAAAAGCCUUUCUGCCCAACUUACGCAGAUUGUUCGUCUCUUAUAUCGAUAGCAGACGAGAAUAACCUUCUCCUCACCGUUUAUCAAAACCGCCGCUUCGAUUCUGACUUUUUAACUCUGAAAAAAUAUCUCACAUCUCCUCAUACAAGUUUCCUCUUUACUCCGAUUGUUUCCGUAACCUCCCAAUUCAAUCGAUACCGUCUUCCAACUGCUCCAUCAUCCACAGCGAAAGCAUGGAAAUCCGAGGAUCUGCCCGGAAAUGGAAUCCUAUAUGACCUAGGAAGUCACCUUAUUGACCAGAUUCUCCAUCUAUUCGGCCUUCCAGAAUGGAUAUGGGCACAUACCGAUAAUCAACGGCAAACGGAGCCGUUAGAAAUCGAUGACAGCUUCACGUUGUACAUGUACUACAAUGCCAAGCCGGACUUCAACGGUGGGAAGCCAUUGACCGUAGAAUUGAAAUCUACGAUGGUCUCGCCGGUGGCAAGACAGAAUAGAUGGGUAGUCAAGGGAUGGCAGGGAGGCUAUAAGAAGUUUGGAAUGGACGUGCAAGAAGACCAAUUACGCGAGUAUGGAAUAGAAGCCGUUAAGAGAUCGGAUUACGGUGAGGAGCGGGUAGACGAGUGGCCCGAAGUCACGGUUCCUAAAGGAGCAGUGGAAGCAGACGAAGAAGGACUAGAGGGGAUCUUUGGAAGAGUUGCAACUAUGAGAGCCUAUGGAGGGUUUGUGAACGGCAAGGUCAAACCGGAGAAAGGAGACUACGUGGAGUACUACAAGAACGUUAUAGGAUGCGUGGCUAGGAUUGUGGGCGGCGAAAAACUUGACGGUGUCAAGAAAGAUUUGCACAUUAAGCCCGAGGAGGCAAGAAACGUUAUUGGAAUAAUCCAAUUGGCGAAGGAAAGUGCAAAGACAGGAAAUAGAAUAGAUGGAGUAGAGAAGAGACUAAGUGAGAUGUGA